CUUUCUUUUAUUUGAAAAAGCUUCAACGUGGUACCAGCACACGAUAAGGACAAACUUAUAUUGUCGACCAGUGUGUUAUCUGGGAUAAAAAAGAAAUAAAAAUCGAGGGUAUCGGUGAUGGGAGGGAGAAAGGGUUUGCCAGAAAUAUUGAAUGUUAUCUCCUAAAUUUGUAGAUACUGAGCAAUAAAUAAGAAAAGGCGACUCGAAAAUAGAUUUCAAUAAUGGUAGAUGUACCUUGUUUGUUAAUUUAAUCAGGGAGAAGAAAAUCAUAUGCACAAUACAGCGAAUGAUUCAUAAAGAGAGCGGCCUAUUAUCAAGACAACCUCAUCUGUCUUUUUUCUUAAUGCAACUACACAGAUCGAAUGAGGUAUAUAUAAACUUGUUACAUUUGUAUCACGUGCGGAAUUUAAUGGUAGUAUAUGAUACCAGCUCGCGGAAUCAGAGAAAGGGAAUGCGACAUGUCUGAAUUAGAAUACAAAAGGAAGCCAGUUUCAAAAUGUGCAUCAACAGAAAUAAUCAUGAACGACGUGGUAUCGUCGACACAAAUGAAAAUAGGAAUUAUUGGUCGGAUGAAAAGAAGGCUCUCUAGUCUUAGCAUUGUUCAGUUCCCAUCCUCAAUUGAGAGCAACAGUGACUCUUGCAGUGCAUCUCCAGACGAGAACGAGCUCGACUUGUCUUCUGAUAGCUCCAGCGAAGACGAGGAAUGUCACGUGACCGAUGAUAUUAAAGGUCACGUGAACGCAAUUUUCAAGUUUGACGAUGAUACAUAUCCUCCUGCAAACUUAGUAAAGAUUAUUGGAUGUGAAGGUAAACAGAAAGGUUGUUUCAAGGAUGCUACUGAUGUGCAGUGUUUCGGCAAAGGAAAGUGCCUGGUUACAGAUAUGAUCAAUGGGAGAAUUUCGACCUUCAACAGGAACGGUCGGCCUAAAAUAAUUCGGUGUAGCUGGGCCCUAAAAGAACCAUGGGCCACAACUCUUGUCCCGGAGAACAAACUCGCUGUGACAUCUAGAAAAGAUAAAGUCGUUUCAAUAAUCUCAAUGCACGGGGACAUCUUGUUUUCUUUUGGCAACAAAUUUUUCCAGUGUCCCUGCGGAAUAGCAGUAGACAAGGACGGUCGCUUUAUAGUUACCGACAUAUUAUCCAAUGACGUCUCUGUCUUUAGUCCCGAUGGAAAAUGGUUGUUUAAUCUAGGAGACCCCCAGUCCCCUGUUCAACAGUUCAAAUGUCCCCGUUAUGUCCAUGUCACCGACCACCACGAUAUCGUCGUGUGUGACUCUGGCAAUCAUUCUAUCAAAGUUUUCGACCAAAAUGGCAUCUUCAAAUUUGCGUUUGGACAUUAUGGUCGAGAGGAAGGCGCAUUCAAGGCUCCUUACGGUGUAGCAUCGGACGGGGAGGGAAACAUCAUAGUCGCGGACCAUUAUAACGAUCGUGUCGCGCUAUUUUCAAAGGAAGGACAUUUCUUGAGAAAUAUUGUUACCAUGGAAGACGGGCUUUAUCACCCACAGGGAGUAGCGCUGUCGAACGACAUGCAUUUGUUUGUCACUCAUGGAAAAUCAAAAGCGACAGAAGUCCUGGUGUACUCAUUUAACGUUGUUAACAAUGAAAUGUUGUAACUUAAGACCAUGUGCACCAAUCGUCUUAUAUAUCGAUUGCAUUCAAGAUUGUUUACAAUAGUUUGUAUGUAAUAAAAACAAACAUCUUUAAAAUGCAACUACACUUUGGAAUCAAAAUUUAAUGAAAUCUUUCCUGUAGAAAAUGGCCUUUUAGCACAUGUGUUCUCCGUGUUUCCCUGUUUUUAUUUAUAGAAUUAUUUUCAUAGAAUUAUAAAUAUGAUAUUAUGUCAUAUUUAUAGCAUCAUAACUAAAAUAGGAUGUCAAAGUAGAUAUUUAUUUUUUGAAAUGAGGUGAUAAUCCUGAGCUUGUUUUUGUAGAUAGGAACUUUAGUACAUAUAUGUUGUGGGCAGAAAACAUAUAGUUCUUCGAUCACUACAUGUAUCGCGCCAGACACUAUCGUAUCUUUCACAUUUCAUCAGCUACAUGCAUAUACAUGUAUCUUUACAUUUGUCCGUUCUUCGCACAUUGAUUUUGACUACGGAUAACUCCGUUUACCUGAUCAGAUAUAGGACUCACGGCGGGUGUGACCGGUCGACAGGGGAUGCUUACUCCUCCUAGGCACCUGAUCCCACCUCUGGUCCGUGUUUGUCCAUCUAUCUAUUUUGUACUGCUUAUAAGAGUUGUGAUAUUGAUCAUUUUUCGUUAUCUUCACCUUUCAUAUACUUGUUUUUCACUCUAAGUUUUCUUCCAAAAAUACUUUAGAAAAAUAAGUGAAUUACGUUCUUUAAAUAUAGCACCUGUAUGAUAUGAAGAACUUCCGAUUUUUAUGCACAAGUGUUUCCAAACAUUUUGAUUUAUUUAUGAAUUUCAUCCACUUGUAUAUAUCUGUGUGAUAACCUUGCCUGUGUGUACCUACAUGUAACAUAUAGUUACAUCAAAUCAUUCACUUACACUUUAUUCGCCGACGGCGAGGCUGUAAGAUUAGCUCAGUCUUAAUUUCAUAUAGAAUCGAUUCAUCAUGUCAUUGGUAUAGUAAGAGGUACUAGUAUUGCUUAUAUCAUGUUUAAUUAAGUUUGAAAUAAAGAAAUGAUAAAAAUUAAAAUGCAUACAAGCAUCAACAGAUUUGCCCACAUAUGUACACUAUGCAGUCUACCGAAAUUCAGUUUUCAUGAUGAUCAUUAGAAAUCCUACCGAGGUUAGACUUGAGAUAAAUCCGCAACAGACACAAGCACUUAAAAUACACUGCAUUGUAUGGCCUGAUCAAACAUGCUGGGCAACGUCUAUGUAAUAUACACUAAAAUUUUCAAAACCAAUAAAAUUCAGGCAAAUGUUGAUAAAAUGUUAUUUUACAAAUCAUCGUGUUUUUUUAGAAACUUGAAGAUGGUGUACUAUUUCACUGUGUGGAAGAAUUGACAAUCUUUGUUACGACGCAUAAACUGCAGAUAAAUUUCACCAUCUAAUUAUAAUACAAUGGCAUAAAGGUGACAAAAAGAAAAUAAUAUUUAGACUUUUAUAGGUAUAUUCAAAGUCACAAUGUUAUUGAAUUUUAUGAAAUGGUGUGAAUUUUCUUAGAUAAUCCCAUUUUCAGAUUUCAAAAAAAAAUCUUUAUAAAGCCUUGCGUGCUUAUUUUGAAAAUGUAUGAAUUAGUUUGUCCUCCUUAAUGUACAUUCUUGUAUAUUCACAUUUAUAUCACAUAUACAUAUAUUAACAUAUUGCUUCUUUUAUUUGUACCUCUGACAGUGUUGUGUAAAAUUGUACAUGUAUGAUAUAACGUGUGUCUCAAGUACGAUCUCAGAGAAUAAAAUGAAAUUUGACUUAAAA